AUGCAACAAAUAGCCACCAUCAUCGGGGCGAACGCCUACUACGAUGGUAGCCGCGUUUUCACCUGGCUCGCUGACAUGUGCGGUUUGUCGGUUGAUUUGGUAAACUUCCUCAUCACACAGUUUCUGGCGCUGAUCCUGGCAUCCGCAUUCCGCUCCUACUUACACCCGUCCAAGGUGUCCGCCAGCACCCGCCACGCGAUCGGCCUGGUAAUUGGGCUGUUCUUUGGCUACUUCUGCUUCGGACAGCAGGCGAUACAUAUCGCUGGCCUGCCGGCUGCCUGCUAUGUCGUCAUUCGAACACAAAACCCCCAAAUCGUCCAGCGGAUGGUGAUGGUCGUCGCGCUGUUCUACCUGUCCUGUAUCCAUCUGCACCGGCAGUACUAUGAUUACGGGUCGUACUCGCUCGACAUCACCGGUCCGCUGAUGAUCAUCACGCAAAAGGUGACCAGCUUGGCGUUCAGCAUCCACGAUGGGUUCACGCGCGAAAUGAAGGAUCUUACGCAGAGCCAGCAGCAGCACGCCAUCCGGAAGCUACCGUCUGCGCUCGAGUUUUUCUCCUACACGCUACACUUCCAGGGCCUGAUGGCGGGACCGUUGGUGUUCUACAAGGACUACAUCGAUUUCAUCGAAGGUUGCCACAUCAUGAAGCAAACGUCCGCCCACGCGAAGUACGACAUCGAAAAGAAGAUCGUACACGAACCAUCCCCUGUGAAAGCGGUAGUAAAGAAGGUGAUCGCAAGCCUCGUGUGCGCUCUAAUCUUCGUCAAGUUCGCUACGAUAUAUCCUAUUAAAACAAUGAAAGAUGAUGGCUUUAUCGAGAGCGCCGGCUUUUUCUACUCCCUCUGGUACAUGAUGCUGGCAACGACAGCGGUCCGCUUCAAGUACUACUUCGCUUGGUUGAUGGCCGACGCCAUCUGCAACAACUCCGGGCUCGGCUUUAACGGGUACGACGAGCGGGACGGCGUAACGCCCCGCUGGGACAUGCUGUCCAACAUCCAGGUGCUGGAGUUCGAGUUUGGCACCAACUUCCGCAACUGCAUUAACGCGUGGAACGCGGGCACCAACCGCUGGCUGCGCAUGGUCGUGUUCGAGCGCGUGCCGAAACGUUACGGUACGGUGCUGACCUUCAGCCUAAGCGCCCUCUGGCACGGGUUCUACCCGGGAUACUAUCUGACGUUCGCCACCGGCGCCCUGAUCGUGGUGGCCGCCCGUAUCGCCCGCAAGCUGUUCCGGGCGCCGUUCCAGCGCACGGCCAGCUCACGCGCGCUGUACGACGUGCUGACGUGCCUGGUGACGCGCGUGUUCAUGGGUUACGCCACGUUUCCAUUCGUACUGCUCGAGUUUAAGGCUAGUCUUCGUAUGUACCUGAAUGUGUUUAUGUGCCUUCAUCUAGUCGCUCUGAUCACUGUGUUUAUUUUAUCGAAAUACGUACCACGAGGGGAGAGAAAUGCGGCGGUGGCCGGUGGGUCGCGAUCGAAGGUUAAAACCGGCGCGACCGGCACGCCGGAAGACGCCAGUGUCCACACUAACCGGCGCCCGGAGGAGAUCCCAAACCGUGGCCUGAAAUCGGCGGGCAUGGUUAGUGUCGAGGGCGGCGACCACGACAACGGGCAUGGCGUUAGAUUUCGCGGUGUGGAAAAUGGCCGGCGAAACGAUUCUGCCCCCGGUUCCCAGCAGCCGGUCCGCUACGUGGUGGACCCGUUCUGUCUGACCACCACCAUCAACGGUAACCACAAAAAGACUGACGAUUUCCUGUCCGAAGAGGAUAACAACAACAGUGCCACGAACACGGUGCGCAGCUCGACCGUAGCCAACGGGAAGGCCAGCUCACUGAAGCCGGCGUGCGAGCGCAUCAAGGAGAAGCUCGAGCAGGAAACGCGCAACAUCGAGGAGUUCAUCGACAAGACGGUGACAGGUUUCGUCGAGCUGAAGGACGACCUGAUGCGCAUGCCGGACGAAACGAACGGUGGGCUGUACAUUCCUCGCAAACCGAACGGUGCCAUGCUGCUGGGUGUCGGUGCAAACGGUACCGGAGAUGGACACACGGGUAGUUCCGGCAACAGCGGUACCGGCAGCAGCAAUGCGUUUCUGAAGAAGGAAAUCGACGCGCUUAAUGCCGCUGUCCAGCAGGCCAACGUUUUGCCGGCCGUGCUGAGCAACGGGCACGCGAAGUAAGCGCCCGCGAGAGCCCCGGUGGCCAACCAACCCAAUCGGGGCAGCCAAAUAUUCUUCUUCCCCUCGAGGAGUUCCUACACGCUGCAGCGAUGCAGUGUCCUGAGAAGGAAGGUGGCCACACGACGACGACGACGACGAGCCUGCCCGCGAUGCUGGCUACCCGUACAUAUGCCCACCCGCCAACCGUGGAGGUACGUGCUUUUUGUAGCGUUGUUUUAUUCUUCCAGUUCGCCCUAAGGUUCCACCCCCGUGAAGGGGAGGGGGGGUGGGGCGAAAUCGAUCGCGUGGGCUGAUUUUGAUCAAUCUUCUCGGUACAUCUAGAGGGCCCUUUUUAUCUUACUCUAUUCACUUUCUUACUUUAAUAACGAAAAGCAAAACAAAAAUGUAAAAUCCGUACAACCGGAUUCGUAACGAUAUUAUUAAGGAAAUGCAACCCACACACAG